AAAAUGUGUACCCUGACGAUUCAGAUGAUACCAUAGAAUGUUUCCAGGUGUCUGCUGAGAUUAUGUUGAGUGUCCAGGAUCCAGAGAGCCACGGAGCCCAAAGGGGGCUGAAAGACUUCACUCUCAGACUGUCUCUGGACGCACAGAUCGCCACCAUCGACUGGAGAAGGUUUUUCCACUACUGCGUAGCAGACAAUCUGGAGACUGAUGAUCAUGUAGGUGCCCUGAUGUCCUGCCUGAGCAGCAUGCCCGGUCUGGAGGAGGUGAGGACAAGCGUGGGUCAUCUGGAUGAGCACUGGACCACUGGGUUCCUUCAGCUAUUCCUGACCUCUCCUCAUCUCAAACGCAUCAGCUGCUCACUGAAAAUGGCCGACAGCAAGUACUCUCAAGAGCUGUGUGUGGAAAACUACAAGGGGAUGCUGAGAUUGACUUUGAAGAACUUCAAUCGUGUACCCCUGUUUUUAGAGGGAAAAUCCAAGUGCCGCAUUCACCUGUCCCUCACCUGUGCCAUUCUCCUCGUCCCCCUCUCACCUGAGCUGCAACACCUGGACUGGACACCAUUCUUCAGCCGCUGCCUCGCCCUUGAGGGCUUCACAGAUUGUCCAGACACUGAUGAGUGUGUGGAGGCCCUGCUGUCUUUCCUGAGCCGUGUCCCAGAUCUCCGAGGGGUGAGGCUGGACCUGUUCCCCCUGACCAGCACAUGGGCCUCUGGAGUGGUUACUCUCGUCCAGAGCCAACCCACACUCUCAACUCUCAGGUUGUACUGUGGGGAGCAGGGCCAUGGCACUCUGUCUGAGGAGGGACUUCACAUCCUCCAGCAGUCUCAACAUCUCCUCAGAGGCAUUCUCUCUCUCACAGGGCUGCGUUGCAGAGUGUCUGCUGACCAGUGUCUGAACCACACAGAGCAGAAGCAUGAUGAUGAGAGAGUAGAGCUCACGUUCAGCGGGGACUCCGUCGAGGAGAGAGACAUUCAUAUCGCUCACUAUGAUGAGGAUGACGCUCUCCAGCUCUGUUCCCUCCAAUAAGAUGCCCAUCUGGCCCUGACGCUGCGCUACAUUACAGUUCCCUCCAAUAAGAUGCCCAUCUGGCCCUGACGCUGCGCUGAAGUCCCUCCAAUAAGAGGCUCAUCUGGCCCUGACGCUGCGCUGAGCUGCAGUCCCUCCAAUAAGAGGCUCAUCUGGCCCUGACGCUGAGCUGCAGUCCCUCCAAUAAGAGGCUGAUCUGGCCUUGUGUUUAUGUUUACGGUAAUUCUGCAGAUGCUUGCAGCACAAUACAGGUGCAACAUUUCCUGUGUGGGGGGAUUUCCUGUGUGGGUACCAAACUUCCUUGGUAUUAAACUAGUGACCAGCUGACUUAUUCACUAAA